UAAGGCGACACAAAUUUUAGGUAAAGCAAAAAAAAAAAAGAAUUUUAUGAAAAACAAAAUAAAAUAAAACAAGUUAAGAAAACAGAAAUCAAAUCAAAAUAAACUUCAGUCGACGGCACAGAAUCACAGAAUUCAACAUCAAUUUCUCUUCUCUGUCUGCUUCGUCUUUUGAUUAUUAAUUCCCGAUUUCACAACUGAUUUACAGGGAGUUUCCCAUUUCUGAUCGCCUUUCAACAUUAAAAUCGCUUUCUAUUCAAAGGUGGCAUUAAUUUCAAUAAUUAGGGCUUAUAAACAAUGCAGGCGUCAAGGGCUAGGCUUUUCAAGGAAUACAAAGAAGUGCAGAGAGAGAAAUCAGCUGAUCCUGAUAUUCAGUUGGUUUGUGAUGAUUCCAACAUAUUCAAAUGGACAGCUCUUAUAAAGGGGCCAUCAGAAACUCCUUAUGAAGGUGGAGUUUUCCAGCUCGCGUUUUCUGUGCCCGAGCAUUAUCCUUUGCAGCCGCCUCAAGUUCGGUUUCUGACCAAGAUUUUCCAUCCAAAUGUGCAUUUCAAGACCGGUGAAAUUUGCCUUGAUAUCUUGAAGAAUGCUUGGAGCCCCGCAUGGACAUUGCAGUCGGUUUGUAGGGCUAUAAUAGCAUUGAUGGGUCAUCCGGAGCCCGAUAGCCCACUCAAUUGUGAUUCAGGCAACCUUCUCCGGUCGGGCGACAUCCGAGGAUACCAGUCUAUGGCUAGGAUGUAUACCAGACUUGCUGCCAUGCCCAAGAAGCAGUGAUCAGUCUUCCACCUAUAUUUGUUACUUUGCCAUAAACUCGUUUAUUCAUAUACACAUGUUGUAGCCACUUGUACUUCCAUGCAUUUAGGUGGUACGUUUAAGAUCCUCUGUUCCAAAAAAGUAUUUUCUUCGUUUC